CCCGGCGUCGUUACUCUGCAAGCAGCGGCCAGAAACGCCAGGCAGCAGCAGCCUCCGCCCCCUCAGUCCAGCGAUUGGCUGGUUUUGCUCAUCAUUUCCCUGUUAAGAACAGGGAAGGGCCAGUGACGCCCCCAAGCCCAGCUGCAGAAGCUGCCGCCACCUCCUAUGCACAAGGUGGCUCAUCUGAAAAGAAACCUGAGCCCCAGGGAGGCGGCGCGGAGCAACUGGGGCAGGGCUGGCGAGACCAGCACGGGAGGGCCCUGGAUAGCGCGUGGGGAGCGUGGGAGCUCGGCAGCCGGGGACACUCGCGACCUGCUCCUGGGAUCCCGGCUGCAAGCUCCCUCGCAUUUUACAGAUUUCCCCCCGGGACUAUAUCUGCCCAAAACGGAGCCUUCAUAUCAAGAGAAGGUGCUGGAGCUGGGGCCUCCAGGACUUUCCCGGGCACCCAAGAUGCGCUCCGUAAGGAAGAGGUGGACGAUCUGCACUAUAAGUCUGCUCCUGAUCUUUUAUAAGACAAAAGAAAUAGCAAGAACUGAAGAGCACCAGGAGACUCAACUCACUGGAGAUGGUGAAUUGUGUUUGAGUCGAUCACUUGUCAAUAGUUCUGAUAAAAUCAUUCGAAAGGCUGGCUCUUCAAUCUUCCAGCACUCUGUAGAAGGAUGGAAAAUCAAUUCCUCUUUGGUUCUGGAGAUAAGGAAGAAUAUACUUCGUUUCCUAGAUGCAGAACGAGAUGUCUCAGUGGUCAAGAGCAGUUUUAAACCUGGUGAUGUCAUACACUAUGUGCUCGACAGGCGCCGGACACUAAAUAUUUCUCAGGAUCUUCAUAGCCUCCUACCUGAAGUUUCACCAAUGAAAAAUCGCAGGUUUAAGACCUGUGCAGUUGUUGGAAAUUCUGGCAUUCUGCUAGAUAGUGGAUGUGGAAAGGAGAUUGACAGUCACAACUUUGUAAUAAGGUGUAAUCUAGCCCCUGUGGUGGAGUUUGCAGCAGAUGUGGGAACUAAAUCUGAUUUUAUUACAAUGAAUCCAUCAGUUGUACAAAGAGCAUUUGGAGACUUUCGGAAUGAGAAUGACAGAGAAAAAUUUGUGCAUAGACUCUCCAUGUUGAAUGACAGUGUCCUUUGGAUCCCUGCUUUCAUGGUCAAAGGAGGAGAGAAGCACGUGGAGUGGGUUAAUGCAUUAAUCCUUAAGAAUAAACUGAAAGUGCGAACUGCCUAUCCAUCACUGAGACUUAUUCAUGCUGUCAGAGGUUAUUGGCUGACAAAUAAAGUUCCUAUCAAAAGACCCAGCACAGGUCUCCUCAUGUACACACUUGCCACACGAUUCUGUGAUGAAAUUCAUCUCUAUGGAUUCUGGCCUUUCCCUAAGGAUUUGAAUGGAAAAGUGGUCAAAUAUCAUUACUAUGAUGACUUAAAAUAUAGGUACUUUUCUAAUGCAAGUCCCCAUAGAAUGCCAUUAGAAUUCAAGACAUUAAAUGUGCUGCAUAAUAGAGGAGCUCUAAAACUUACAACAGGAAAGUGUGUAAAGCAAUAAAGCACAUUUAAAAGCAAACAGGACUGAAAUGCACUUCUUUUCUGAAGAUGCUUCCCAAGAUUUGAAAAUAGGAUCCUAACCAAGGCUGAGUUUCAGCAUCCACCAAGCAACUGAAAGGUUUAUCAAGGACAUUAUGAAAAAUCCAUUACCAGCUGAUGAAAUGCCUGCAAAGUGCUCUAAAAAUUAAAUAUUUUGACUUCAAGGGUCCUAGUAAGUGCCACUUCCACUGAGAACACAGCUUGAAUGUAUAAAAUCAGUAGUGUUUACAAGAUCCAACAAUGCAUUCAUCAUUAGUCAAAAAAAGCAAAUAUGUUCAUCACUGUUGGGCUGCGACUGCAAAGCCAAGCUCAUUAGAAGAGGAAAACCCAGGAACACAACUUAGCCGUUGGGGAAAUCAAACCAUCCCUGAAAGCAGAAAUAAUGAUGGAGACAGUUUGAGGAGUGAAAUCCAUAAGAUUAAACAACUCAAGCAAAUGCCUUCAGUCAGGACUCUUGAGUCUGAUCUUGAAUUUUAUGUUGUUUGUUUAUGUUUUUGUUUCCUUUCUGGAAUCUCUUUUGAUUUGGGAAUUAGGGUGCUUAAAAUCCUUUCUAAGAUAAAUAUGAAUGAGAUAAAUAAUCUUUAAAUAAUCAUUUUUUAAGUUCUUAUUUCUUAAAGAGCAAUCACACAAAGACUUUUAAAAGAAAGUUUUAUUUUGCAAACUCUAAACCUCUGGAAUUUUUUUUUUUUUUUUUUUUUUUUGAGGAUGUAGAAAGUACCAGCUAAAUUGUACCACUGAUAAUCUUGUGCCAUUCUAAAGAAAGGAUGUUCCAUGUCAUGUGAGACAGUAAAAUUAACAGAAAAGUGUAUUUUUGGUACCAAAGAUUAUACUGAUGCUUCUACACAACAAAUUAUUCUUUCAUGAAAAUAAUAUAUUAAUAAGAUACUAUUAUGCUACUAAUGUGAAGCUUGUCUCUAAAUAUUUUAAUUUUUCUAAACUCAAACUUUAUUUUUAUUUGAAUGAAGACUUGUAUAAUUUGACAUUUCAUAAUAAUUUUGUGGAAUCAUUUUCCCCUUUAGAAUUAAAGUCUGAUAGAGCUGAAAUAUGACUUCCCCUUCUUUGAUAUUCCCCUUAUUAUUCAAAUGGACACAUUGUAUGCUUUUUACAACAUUGUUAAAUUUCUUAGUGCAGAAAUAAUAUCAUCAAUAGAGUGUUGGUUCCAGAGCAGAGGUGAUUAAUUUUAAGAGGUUGACAAUGAGAAUGUGUCACAUAUUUUGCACUUGAAAUGAAUUAAAUUUACCAAUAUUUUUCUGUAGUCAGAUUUAGUCACAUUAUCACAUUAAUAUGUUUUUAAAAUAAAAACAUUACAUUAUUAAUAAAAUAAAGUGACAUUAAAAUUUUAAUAUAUAACAGAAUUGACCAAUAUGCCAGUUUUCUGGUACUUACCCUAUGUUGGUAGAUAAUUCUGAUGGUAAAUUUUUUCUUUAGAAAUAGAAAAGCAGAAGCACUGCAUUCCCACUUCUACUCUUGGCCUGAAGCAAAUUAUAUAACUUCUUGUUUCUUAGGGAAGGCAGUCUGAGGAAAGAAAAAAUAGCAUGGGAAAAAAAAAAAAAAUAUAUAUAUAUAUAUAUAUAUAUAUAUAUAUAGUAUAAUUCUCAAUGAUUUUAAUAAUAUGUGGUAUUAUUUUUAAAUAUAUAGCAGAACCUUGGGUUACAAAGGAUUAUAUUUUCUGAGAACUCAUGUGCCUCUCAGAAAACAAAAUAGAAUGCAUAAAGGAGAUGCAUGACUAAAAAUGGGCACAAAACUGAUGUACUUUUAUGAUUGAACCACUUACCUAUUUUGGUUUUUAGAAGAAUUAGGCACAUACUCCGAAUGUAAAGUUGAAGAGUUCCUUCUAGUAGGACCCAUAAAUGGGCCCAUUUAACCCAUAAAAGGGCAUAAGGAACCAUGACAAACCCAAAGUAGGUGAUUUAUAGAACCUUGAUUUUGACUAAUUGCAGUUGAUAAGUUGGUCCAGAGGCUCUUGAUUUAAAUUCAAUAGAAGCCUAGAAGUUGCAAGUAAAUAAAUUCUUAAAGGUAAAAUCCAUCUGGGCACUCAUUCAAAGUAUGUCUUAAAAAGCAGCAGUGAGGCACCCUGUCAUUUUUACUGCUUUUUCAACAAAUGUAUUUAAACAAUUUUAAAUGCCACAGUAAAGCAUCCCCGCCAUCCACUGUUCUGUGCAUUGUUGUUGAUCUCAUUAUACAUUGAGUAGUGCCUUUUUAGCUAUUUCACAUUGCUUUGUUGCCCUAUGCUUUGUGUUCUCCAAAUGCUUUGCCCAGUUCUGAAAAUGUCCUGCAUCAAAAAGGGCUUCAGUAUCGACUGAGACUACUUUUGUUCAUCUCAGGGAACUUUCAUUACUCUAGAAUGAGUUCAAGUAAAGGCAUUUAGCAUUCAAAGAAGACAAACUGUAUAAGACCAUUUCAUUCCUUAUUGUGUACCUCUCCAUCUGCCCUCUUCCUUUGCUCUGUGCUAAGACCUUCUUGUAAGGAAAGGACAAGGAGAUCAUUGAAGGCUGACAGCAAGAAUAAGAAAGAGAAUUGCGAUUUAACCCAUAAGGGGUCAUGAGGAACAAUGACAAAAUCAAAUUAUAAAUACAUACUGAAAAUAUCUGGGUUUUUUUUUUCUUUUGUGAAUAACAUAUGUUGGAAAAUUAUUUUUUUUUUCUUUUUCACUAUUUAUAACUGGCAAUGUUCAGGCAGCUGAUUAUAAAUUAUUCCUGUCCUUUAGACAACAUAUUUGUUACUGUGCUGUUGACAUGAAUAGGCCAUGGAAUCAUUAUCAUCAGUAUCUAGCCUGCUCUACAAUUAAUAGUAAGUUGCUAAAAUAAGAAAAUGGAUCAGUAACAGAUUUUCUUGGCAAAUCUAAUGAUUCAGCCACAGGACUGAUGAAAUUAUUGUGGAAGUUUUUUUUUUCUCUCUGAAAGAGGUGCUGGACAUUCAAAUGUCUUCAUAUAUUGUGUAUCAUAUGAAUUGUAUAUCAAUUGCUAAUGGGUAUUUCUACAUAUAUGCUUACAGAAGCAAUCUAUUUAAACAAUGCUAUGGGUAAUGUACAUACCAACUAGUUAGUAACCUACUGCACAGGAAAGGAGGGUGAACAAAGUUAUUUAUUUCAAAUUGAGCCAGUUAAUCAUAAUGCACAUAAUGUGUUAUUUGGUUUGCAAAAGAACUGUUUUCACAUGGUUAUUGUAGGGAGUAUCUAUAAUUGUGGAAGGAAUGUGGAAAGAGUUAUGUAUAUUUAGUGGUUAUCUCUAAAAGUUUGGAUGUUUUACCAUCACCCAUUAUCCAUAGAUCGAUGUUUUAAAAAUUGAGUGAGUGAAGAAUAUUGUUCAUAUUGAGGAAAGUCUGAAUAAAUCCCACCUAGAAAUAGAUAUUUUAUUAUAUAUGUGCUAUAGGUAUAUCUAUAUAGUACAAAUAGACAUGUGUGAUGCAUAUAUACAAUGUUAUAUAUAUAUAUAUAUAUAUAUAUAUGUAUCUGUGUGUAUACGCACAGGGUCUGUAAUAUACACACACUCAAUUUGUAUAAUAUCUUCAGGGUCUAUACUGUGAACCACUGGAGUUUACAUCAUUUUAGAAUAAAGAAGUUCUUUUGAGACUUCAGUUACUAAACCUGCUUUAAGAGGGAACUACUUCAAAACUGAUUUCUAUGUUGUUCAUUGUGAGAGUUACAAUAAGGGUAGAGUAUGCCCAAAACUUAAAAAAAAAAAAAAAUUGUCUUCAAGCUGGCAAUGUAUUGAGUUGUGGUUUCCAGAUUGCGGCUUCAGGCCUUGUUUCUCAUUUAAGUAGCACUUUUUAAUAAAUACCAUUUCUUUGUGUAGGCAAAAGCACAAGUGUUUCAAAUGUAUAUAACAGGAAAAAGAAAAGAGUUUACAGAGAUUGCAUUGCUGCACAGGAUAAUUGCUACUGAGUAUUUCUUAUACCAUUUGUGGAGUUGAAGGUUAUGGUAUAUUCCAUCAGGUUCAUUCUGUUCAACACUGUUUCCCUAUUGCUUGUGCAUAGCACUUGGGUAUUACUGUUUUACCAUUUGUAAAAUUGUAAAAUAAAUUAAUUUUUUUUUUUCAA